AUGGGGGGUGAUGGCGGCUCCUUCUCUGGCCGCGCCGAAAUGGUGCGGACGAAAGGGUUCAAGUUCUUAAGGAAUCUUGGAGGAAUGGGGUACACUCCAAACACCCAAAUACGGGCGGCUGACGAGCGCUUUGGCAAGAACGAGAACAGAGACAUUAGGACUCGUGCAUGCGCCUACUCUGCAGAGAAGCUAAAGCCCCCGUUAUUGGCUUGUCGCAUCGGCCGCCUGUACAACAAGGAAGCCGUCAUAAAAGCCCUUCUGGAGAAAACGCUGCCCCCUCAUAUGCGUCACAUUAAGUCCCUGAAGGACAUGAAGGACUGCGAUGUAGAGAUUAACGCAGAAACGGGAUUCCCUGUGUGCGCCGUCACCAAGGCGGACUUGAGCAGCGGAGUUCGCGGGUGUAUAAUUUGGCCGUGCGGCCAUGUCGUUUCAAAUAGAGCAUUGGACGCGAUGACACAGAAGGACGGUGAAGGUAGCAGGCCCGAUGUCGGCAACAACCAGUCAGGAAAGCCCAAGAUCCGCGGAGUAUUUACUUGCCCGAUGUGCUCUAAAGAGCACAAUGCGGAAGAGGAUCUCAUUCCUCUUUCUCCCGAUGAAGAGGAGACUGUAGCUUUGCUUGAAAAGGCUCUUGCAAACAGAGCUGUCAAAGAAAAGAAGAAAAAUGCGAAGACACCGGCAGGAGGAGAGCCUGAAGCAGCAGGACCAUCCAGCGCCUCAACCUCACCGCCAGAUAAUACUAAGCAGAUAGAGAAACCGUCCCCCCCACAGUCGAACGCUGAGACAGAGAAAGAAGAGCUGAGGGGAGUUUUCGUUCCUAAGCGGCUUAGAGAUUGGGUAUUGGAGUCUGAGCCAGUCGUCCUGCCCACCAGCACUGCAAAACGCCGGAAAGCCGCAGCUUGA